AUGUGCAUUUUUAAGAAACAAGACUUUGAGGCGAGCGUAUUGUGCAUUGUCGACACUAUCAUCAUUAUUCUUGUCGACAGCGGACCAUUAUUUCUGAUAUUUUUGAAGCGAGACCUAACGAUUUCAACCGUGAACGCUGGAGCUUAUAUAGCAUUCUUGAAAAACUUUGGCCGAUUUGCAGAAUCUCUACUAGCUCUGAAAUUCAUUAUCAAACCACGGACGAAUGUGAUCAACUGCGAUCCGAGACCACAAUCGAAGCGAAUAACAACCGUUUGA